AUGGCGCACUCAAUAGUAUCCCAGCUGCUGCUCACGUUCCUUUCCUUCUUCCUGCUGCACCAGCAGACUCUGGCGCAAACGUCCACCUCGUCAACGCCUGGAGGAAGCAGCAGCUCAACAUCAUCAGCGUCCAAUUCGGCAACGCUGACCCCGACGCCAGCCUCGUCUUCCUCCACGCCUCCAGAUGUCUACCUGAAUGUCCCGACACUUUCCGUUGGUCGCAUUGAACUCGACGUCGACGAUCUGCGGGCAGAUAUCAACCUGAAUGCGCAGGUGGCAAACUUAGUCACGUUGAAUGCUGGCGUCGCGCUGUCCAUCCAAGAAGUCAACCUCACCAUUUCAGAUGUGGAUGCUGAGCUGGAACUGAUUGUCCGUCUGGGGCACCUCGUCGACAUCGUCAACCGGGUAUUCGAAUCACUGGACCUCAACCCUCUCUUGAUCUCGGCCAUCAAUAACGUCACCUCGUUGCUUGAACCCAUUGUCGGGGCCGUUGAUGGGCUCCUCGGCUCUAUCACCCAGGGAGGAACAACCCUAUCAUUCCUGAUCGACAACCUGGGAAACAUCGUCCAGGAGGUCGGCGGCGUGAGCACCAUCGUCGGCAACUAUCUGCAGAACAUGACCGACACGGGCGUCAGCCAGACACUGUCUGGCGGUCUGAUUGAGAAGACGUAUUCAUAUGCGCCGCUCAAUGCUUUGGUCGACAUUGUCUUCAACGCCGCCGGCCAAGUUGUCCAGGCGACCGUCGAGAAGCAGACCGGGAGCUCCUCGACAAGUUCGACGUCCGCGUCAAGUCCCACCACACCGGCUCCAUCGUCAUCCACCACCAGCUAG